AUGAGUGCGAAUGGACUGCUUCGCAAGGACCAACUCGAACGCAGUCUCCAUGACGAGAAGAAAUUGAUCGAAGAAGGCAUUCUCAGAGAAGACAACCCUCUCGACUUCAGCGAGAAUUUCCAGAAACUAUGUGGCGCUUGCAGACGAGGUGACCUGAAAGUCUGUCAGGAGAUGAUCCAGGAAGGAACCAAUAUUAAUGCCAAAGAUCAAUAUGAUUAUACGCCGCUUAUCCUGGCAAGCCUGUGUGGUCAUUACGAAGUUGUACAGCUGUUAUUAGAAUCCGGCGCGUUAUGUGAAAGAGAUACAUUCCAAGGCGAGAGAUGCUUGUAUAAUGCCCUGAACGACCGGAUACGAAAUCUGCUUCUAUCAUACGACUACUCCAAGUCGACGGACCCAUUACAGCCCCUGGCAUCACAUCUAAUAUCGUUGCUAACCAGGGGCCAUCCCAAGACAUUUGACAUUACAGUCCUCACCGCCAGCGAGUCAUUUCAUUUGCACAAAUAUAUCCUCUCUGCUCGCUCGCCAUAUUUUAGAAGCAAGCUCGCCUCGGCGCCCGAUACGACAUCUUGGAAACUCCCACCAACUAUUCCCCCGCCCUCGUUCGGAAUUGCUCUGAAACACUUGUACCUGGGAGAAAUGCCUCGAGAGGUGGGCGGCGGCCCAGGGACCGGGUUCACCGACUCUGAGAUCCUCGCUGGUCUGGACCGGAUAAGCAAACACCUCGAGAUCCAAAGUUUAUCUCAAUUGAUUCUCGACAGCAGCGAUCGUCGACUAGCCAGACAACGAAGACAAGACGAGGUCGAGAAAGGGCGAGACCAAUUGGAACUGUGGUUCCGAGAAAAUGUGUUAAGACAUGCCGUGGAAACCGAUAUAUCACGAGCAGACGAUGUCAAAUGGGAUCGAGACAAUGGAAUCUUCGCCGACAUCCUCCUCCGAGCAGAUGAAGACGAAGGUGAAGAAAUCCUCGAAGGAGGGGCUCAACAACGAGACCACCACUCCGCUGCCAGUGCCAUAGGCAUCCCACUCGGCCCAGCCUCUCGAACAUCCCGCUCCCCAUCGCGCGCACGACGACCAUCGCGCAAAUCCAAAAUCUACCCAUGCCACAAAUCCAUGCUAAUCCGCUCCGAAUUUUUCAUGACCAUGUUCGAGUCUUCGUUCCGCGAAGCCCAAGACACACCACACCUCCAGAUCGUCACCAUCGACUGCUCGCCUGAAGUCCUCGAAAUCAUCUUGACUUUCCUGUACACUGAAAAGGCAGACUUCGGUCUCGAUGUAGCGAUCGACGUCCUCUUCGCCGCCGACAUGCUAUUCCUGGAGAAAGUCAAAGCCAAAGCAGCACUGGUCAUCUCAACGCUCGGCAACGGUACCGCCACCGCGAUGCCUUCUGAAAUCGAACCCGGCCACAGACGCGAAGACGAAGAUCUCGACAUCUACGAAAUCCUCCGCGCCGCCUGGUUGACAAGGGUACAGCGCCUCGAAGAAUUCGCUGCCCGCUACAUCGCGUAUCGGCUCGAAAGCUACAUCGACGACCCGGAGUUCGCGGGGCUGGUCAAGGAAUCAGCCUACCGCAUCAGCGCUCGUCAGGAGACAGACUCGAUCGAACUGUUGGAUGACAUCCGCUAUUACCUGUCCGAGCGAUUUAGACUGCGAUUCGAGGACUCCGGCCUUGAGGACGUCAUGGACGAAGAGCAAGCGAUUGCCGAGAGGCUCUCGCAUGGAGGGACUCAGAACCAAGUCGCCGCCGAUAUGAACACGAACUCAAAUGGUGACCAACCCUCUUUUCUGCUUCCACAUUGGGGCUCCAAAGCAUCGGCACCAGCAUCAAUGGAGGAGGCGCUAGAUGAGGGCGUGGAUAUGACGACUCCUGGCCCUACGAUCUUGAAUGCGAAGAAGAAUGAAGAGAAUGACGGGGUACCCUCUCUUCCCGCUGGUGCUGUGCGGACAUUGGACGGCGAGAUUGCCGGUGACGAAUUCGCUGCUGAUGCCAUCAACUAUCAGAUCUUACUCGGCAAGAUCGAUGCACUGCUGGAGAGGUUGAAACUCGACGCAUAA